UCGAUACUAUUGCGCUUGCGCACUAGUGGGUCUCUCGGUGCAUGGUUAAAUGGCGGGGGAGCGAUGGAUUUUCACCAAUUCGCAACUUGUAAACACCCCCAGCCGAAAAUGUGGGAUAGACAGCGACAAAGAACUUACGUAUAGACAGCAAGCUGCCAACCUUAUUCAAGACAUGGGCCAAAAACUUCAAGUUAACCAACUAUGUAUCAAUACAGCUAUCGUUUACAUGCACCGCUUCUACAUGUUCCAUUCAUUUACAAUUUUUCAUCGAAAUAGUAUGGCUGCCGCAUGUUUAUUUUUAGCUGCAAAAGUGGAGGAACAGCCCCGCAAACUGGAGCAUGUCAUCAAAAUGGUGCAGAAGUGCCUGAAUCAGGAUGCUCUGGACACAAACAGUGAUUACUACAUGGAGCAAACUCAUCAGCUGGUCACCAAUGAAAACAUCUUGCUUCAAACUUUAGGUUUUGACUUGUCAAUAGAACAUCCCCAUACCAAUGUUGUGAAAACAUGUCAGUUAGUGAAAGCACCAAAGGACUUAGCCCAGACUUCCUACUUCUUGGCAACAAACAGCUUACACUUGACCACUCUCUGUCUGCAGUACAAACCAACAGUGGUGUCCUGUGUCUGUGUAGAGCUGGCUUGUAAAUGGUCCAAUUGGGAGAUUCCUACAUCCAAUCAAGGUCGUCCCUGGUAUUACUAUGUUGACCAAUCUGUAACUCCAGAGCUCUUAACAGAAUUAACUCAGGACUUUCUUAACAUUCUGGAUAAAUGUCCAAGCAAAUUGAAAAAGAGGAUAAUGACAUGGAAGUCUGGUGAGAAGGACAAAAAGGAGAGAGAUGAAGUAAAUGUGUCUCAGAAAUCUCGUGGAACGUCGGCACCUUCAGCGGCUCUAGGAAGUAACCCACAAAGCCAUAAAAGCUCAAAACCUCAUCAUCAUUCUCAUCCAGGUCAUGACAAACAGCCAGAGAAGUCGCAAGGCAGACACACCUCCUCAAUGGACAUUUCAAAGUCAGAACCCAAAGUUAAAACAAUCAAGACAGAACCAACUAGUCAGACCGUAGGUCAUUCUCAUGGUAAAAACGUGUUUGAUGCCAUAUCAGGUGAUGCGUCGUUGAAUGUUGAUGUGAGGGAGUCUCCAUCAUCACUUCUGUCUCAGUCAACCAGUGAUACCUCAACACCAACUGUACAGAAGACGUCACUUGCAGAGUACAAGGAACGGAAAGAACGAGAAAGACAGGCAGCUAUAAGUAAAAGUGCUAGUAGUCUACCAAAUGUGGAUAAAAAACACUCGUUAAACAAAGACAUUUCGCACAGGAGUGUGUCUUCAUUAGAAAGUGAUGCAGCAAGAAAAAUGCACACACCUGAUGUUGACAAAAGCAGAAAGUCACACCAUGAUAAACAUUCAAACAAACAUGUUGAGUCUGUAAAAGGGUUUAGUACAAAGACAUACAUUAAAACUGAACCUGGACUAGAUGUUCCCUUACAAAACUAUGAUUCCAGGCUAAAAUUAGAGUUGAAUAUUGACAGUAAUAUGAAUGCAGAUUUAACUAGAGUGCUUGAAGUAAAACAGAAAGUUAAAAAAGAGAGCAGCACACCUGAUAAAGUUGACCUCUAUAAAAGCAGAAUCAAAUCUGAACUAACAGGAGAUGAAUCAAGACAAAGUGUUGAAUCUAUUUCGAAAGACUCUCCUCUUGUCUCUGAGCCUAACAGAAGCUCUGAUUUGAAAAUGAAAAUAAAAACAGAAGGAAAUUAUUCUCAAGCAGGAUCAUCCCCACUAAAACUGAAAAUUAAAACUCCUCACCCACCCAAAGAGAAACACAGUGGUACCCCAACGUCUCAUGAAGGACAAAAAGUGCCUCCAAUGAAACUUUCUAAACAUCCCUCUCGCAUGGGGUCAGGGGAUGAACACUCUAAGCAUAAAGAGGGUCACCAUCACAAAUCGCACAAGUCAAAACAUUCUCACUCCCACUCUCAUUCUAGUUCAGGGACCAAUGGUAAGUCUGAUCUUAAACUUCGUAUCAGCUUGCCAAAGCAUGCGGGAGAUGGGGACAAAAAUGUGGAGAAGGUGAAAAUGGAAUCAAAGAAAACAUAUGAGAGUAGUCCUCUCGUUAACAGUAAUAAUUCCUCCAGAAAGAGGCCGUUAAGUCCUACAGGGAUUUUAGAAAACAGUGAUUCACAGCAACAGCAGCGAAACAAAAUGCAGAGAGCAGAAAGCAUGAGACGUUCAUCUUCAAGCCUCUCAAAUCAUUCUGUUGUCAGCAUGGAAUUGUGUGAUAUAGGAAGUGAUUCAUUGGUAUCGGAAAACGACUUCAGUGUCUUACAGUCUCCCAUAGCAACAAAUGUUGCUGUUCAAAAGCAACUUGACACACUUUCCCAAGUUAUAGAAUCCAAAAAAGCUAUGCUAGGCAGUGCUUCUCGUAUCAACCCCCCUCUACCGCCACCUCUGCCUCCACCCCCUCCCCCACAGCCCAGUCAGUACAUACCUCCACCACCUCCACCAGUUCAAGCUUUUCCGUUUUCUUCAGCAAGUCAGCAGUAUGGAUAUGAACCUUUAUCUGACCUAAGUGAUUUAGAUUUUCUAGCAGAUGAUGCUAUUCCUCCUCUGCCAGGGGAACAGCCCCCUUCAAAACCCCCACUCCCUCCUUACUGACUCAUCUAGAUCUCUGUGAAAUGUACAGGUACAUUUUCACACACACAAAAAUAAUUUCUCCAUUUAAGGAUAUGCAUUGUAAUUCAUGUACAUGUAAUAUGGCUCAAAAUAAAAUGUAAGUUAAUAGCCCAUGUCAUUUAUUGGAAUGGAUGUACAUAUAUACUUUGUGAACUAUUUACAUUGAUUGUAAAUCUUGCAAUGAGUAAGAGAAAAUGCUAUUGAAUGUGUAUUUUGAGAAGUUGAGAUAUUUUAUACUGUUGGUUGGUGCACACAAUUUGCUAGUGUUAUUUGUUUCUAUAUAUAGAAAUAAUUAUAAUAAACUUUUAUAUAUAUAUAUAAUGCAUGUACCUUAUUCUGCACAAAGAGAAAGAACCUAUUAGUAAGAAAAUUGAAGCUGCCCAAUAUGUGUACUGUAAGCUACUUGAAGUAUUGCAUCUUAGAUUUCUUCCUCGAUUCAAUUUGCCCCUUUAUUCAAUAACAUAAUUUUGCGUCAAAAUAAUUCAUGUACAUAUAUUAUCUUUGUUAACUUAAUAGACUCCUUUCAGUAUAUCAACUUUAAAAAAAAAAUGAAAAUGAUGUGGUUGUUUUACAAGUCUGCAUUCUCAUCAUGUUUUGACCAGUUCAGUAUUUUGCAUGCCUCAGUUGCUGACAAACCAUUAACUUUCAUUAAUUGCCAUGGCCAUCUGUCUCCCAGACUUUUACGUGUGUUUAAUAUUCAAAUUUUUUAAGCUCUAAUUAAAUCAUUAAUUUGUGUAAGCUUAAUAUAUUUUGAGUCGAAGCCAUGAAUUCUAAAUGUUGUAUAAGUAAAUAAACCACUUAUCCUCAAUAUCUUUAUAGAUAUAACAAUUUUAUGUAUGAAGAUUUCCAAUUUGUCCUUAAUAUUCUGAUAGAGAUAUAAAAAUUUUAAGCAAUUUUAUCCUUAUGAAGUAAAUUUAGCCAAUGUUAGUGGUAUUGUAUUUCACAGCUUAUUUCAUGUGUAUUUUCGAAAAAAAAAAAUUAGCAUUUAUAUUGAUUCUAACUUGCAAACAGUCGAUUGGAUAUUAUGAAACUGUUUUUCUUGUGUAUUCAACAUGUUCAAUAUGAACCCUAUUUUCAUUAAAAGAUGUAGGUUUAACAAACUCUGGAUUUGGAGGAGAGGUAAUGUCAGUUCAUUAUAGAUACAGUGUAUGAAAGCAAAUUAAUAUCAGCCAAAAUUAACAAUAAAUAACUGAAUCUUGUGAUUUAAGAUACUGUGAACUUGGAUAAAUUGACACCAUGGAAACUGAUAAAAUUGACAAUUUCUUAUCAUUUAAUCAAAAACAGUCCGAGAAGCAAGAAAUACAUGCAAAAACCUGCUUCACUGGGCAUAUUUUUGUAUGAGGCAGUAUUAGGUAAACCAGAUUGUAAAUAGCAGUUUUUAUUGACUGGUUUCAGCAUUGAAACAUUUAACCCAAACUUAAUAUUUGUCCAGCCUUUUCACUGGCCUUUUGCAGCAGAAAUGAAGAGAUUGUCACGUUUCUACUCGCCAGUGUAAACAUGUUUACAGUUCUUGUAUUUGAUAUCAGCUUGUACAUAUCAACCUUCAAAAAGUAAUCAUUUGAGUGAUGUUGGGGUCAUUUCAUACACAUCUUUGAGAAGUGCACAAUGGUUCAGUAAUAAUGAAAAUCUAAACAGUAUUAAUUCUUAAAAAAUUGUAUGAAGUUCAUUCUGUGUUAAAUGUACACAUACUAAAAUACAUAAUACAAAUAAUGCUGCAGUUGAUUGUAUUAUUUCAAGUGCUCUCUUAAUAUGCUAUGUACAUUAGAUACUUUAAAGUGAAGAUAUGGCAGAAAACGUUAGUAUAUUCACAACUUCUGGGGCUAGAUUUUCUGAUUUUCAUUUUAUAGGUACACUGUAAUACUGAGUUGAUGUUUAGUCUUUGUCAUUUUGCAAGAUUAUGAGUACUGUAACUGGGGGGGAGGGGUUCAGCAGAUGUAUAAUAUAAUUUCACUUCCUCACAGGUAUAACACAUAACCAUCUAAAGCAGCGAGAUUCCCAAACAAAUGCUUAUAUUGUUGUUAAUUUGUUUAUCAUAUUGGGAAUAUAUUUUGUAGUGACUGACUGAAGUUUUUGUAAUUUUUAGAAAUCACAAGCUGAUGGUGUUCAUUUUUCUUUUGUUUUGUACUCCUUGACAAAAUCAUGUGAUGUUGAGGCAUUGUAUAAAUGCAUUCUUUGUGAGUUCCAUCUCAGGUUUCUGUGUGUUUAUUUAUAUCAGUUGACUUAUUUUUUUGGCAAAUGUGGUAGAUGUUUGUUGCAUUGAUGAAAAAUUAUGCAUAUGAAUGAUUACUUUUGAUAGUAUACAGUUUGUUUGCCAUAAAAUGUGAAUAAUCACAAAUAUUGUCCAUAUUUUUUAAACACAAGAAAUACUAGUUCAUAUUAAAACACAUAUUGUAUAUUUCUUUGUUAUUCAUUUAAAUGAAAUCAGAUGACAAUACA